CGGCGCCGCCGCUUAAAGGAAACUCUGGAAGUUGCGGCGGCCGCGCCGUCCCGGGCACCCGCGCCGCGCGCUCCUGAGCGCCAGGCGCGCGCUCGGGCCAAAGUUGGGGCGCAGGGCGGGGUCCGGCAUGGGCCGCGGCGCGAAGGCGGGCGGCGGCGGCGCCCCGGCGGGGGGCGCGGCGCGGACCCCCGGCCCGGGCGCAGCCGAGAGCGGCGAGGGCAGCGCCGCGCACCUGCGGCCGGCUGCCUGCCCUUCACGCUGAAAGGAGGGAGCCGGGGAGCCGCCCUGCUGGCCCUGAGGAGCGGGACCCACGGCCGGGAGCAGAUGAGCUAUGGCUCCGAGGAAGGCAGCCCGGGCGCCUGCAACGCCACAGGUUUGACAGAUGAGAAAGUGAAGGCCUAUCUCUCUCUUCACCCCCAGGUGUUAGAUGAGUUUGUAUCUGAAAGUGUUAGUGCAGAAACAGUAGAAAAAUGGCUGAAGAGAAAAAACAACAAGCUAGAAGAUGAAUCGGCUCCCAAGGAAGUCAGCAGGUACCAGGACACGAACAUGCAAGGAGUUGUGUACGAACUGAACAGCUACAUCGAGCAGCGGCUGGACACGGGCGGGGACAACCAGCUGCUCCUCUACGAACUCAGCAGCAUCAUUAAAAUCGCCACAAAGGCCGACGGGUUUGCCCUGUACUUCCUGGGAGAGUGCAACAACAGCCUCUGUGUGUUCACGCCGCCGGGAGCCAAGGAGGGGAAGCCGCGCCUCAUCCCUGCGGGGCCCAUCGCUCAGGGCACCACCAUCUCUGCCUACGUGGCCAAGUCCAGGAAGACCCUCCUGGUGGACGACAUUCUCGGGGAUGAGCGGUUCCCGAGAGGCACGGGACUGGAGUCAGGGACUCGCAUCCAGUCGGUUCUCUGCCUGCCCAUCGUGACGGCCAUCGGGGACCUGAUCGGGAUCCUGGAGCUGUACCGGCACUGGGGCAAGGAGGCCUUCUGCCUCAGCCACCAGGAGGUCGCCACGGCAAACCUGGCCUGGGCCUCGGUGGCCAUCCAUCAGGUGCAGGUGUGCAGAGGCCUUGCCAAGCAGACCGAACUGAACGACUUCCUGCUCGACGUGUCAAAAACAUAUUUUGAUAACAUAGUCGCAAUAGAUUCUCUACUUGAACACAUAAUGAUAUAUGCAAAAAACCUGGUGAAUGCCGACCGCUGCGCGCUCUUCCAGGUGGACCACAAGAACAAGGAGCUGUACUCGGACCUGUUCGACAUCGGGGAGGAGAAGGAGGGGAAGCCCAUCUUCAAGAAGACCAAAGAGAUCAGAUUUUCCAUCGAGAAAGGCAUCGCCGGUCAAGUUGCGAGGACGGGGGAGGUCCUGAACAUUCCCGACGCCUACGCAGACCCGCGCUUCAACAGGGAGGUGGACCUGUACACGGGCUACACCACCCGCAAUAUCCUCUGCAUGCCCAUCGUGAGCCGUGGCAGCGUCAUCGGCGUGGUGCAGAUGGUGAACAAGAUCAGCGGCAGUGCCUUCUCCAAGACGGACGAAAACAACUUCAAGAUGUUUGCUGUCUUCUGCGCGCUAGCCUUACACUGUGCCAACAUGUACCACCGAAUCCGGCACUCGGAGUGCAUCUACCGGGUGACCAUGGAGAAGCUGUCCUACCACAGCAUCUGCACGGCCGAGGAGUGGCAGGGCCUGAUGCGCUUCAGCCUCCCCCAUCAGCUCUGCAAGGACAUCGAGCUCUUCCACUUCGACAUCGGUCCCUUUGAGAACAUGUGGCCUGGCAUCUUCGUCUACAUGGUGCACCGGUCCUGCGGGCAGUCCUGCUUUGAUCUGGAGAAGCUGUGCCGCUUCAUCAUGUCCGUGAAGAAGAACUACCGGCGGGUCCCCUACCACAACUGGAAGCACGCGGUGACGGUCGCCCACUGCAUGUACGCCAUCCUGCAGAACAACAAAGGGCUCUUCACGGACCUGGAGCGCAAGGGCCUGCUCAUCGCCUGCCUGUGCCACGACCUGGACCACCGGGGCUUCAGCAACAGCUACCUGCAGAAGUUCGACCACCCACUGGCCGCGCUCUACUCCACCUCCACCAUGGAGCAGCACCACUUCUCGCAGACCGUGUCCAUCCUGCAGCUGGAGGGCCACAACAUCUUCUCCAGCCUGAGCUCCAGCGAGUACGAGCAGGUGCUGGAGAUCAUCCGCAAAGCCAUCAUCGCCACCGACCUCGCCCUGUACUUCGGGAACCGGAAGCAGCUGGAAGAGAUGUACCAGACGGGCUCCCUCAACCUGAACAACCAGUCUCACCGAGACCGUGUCAUUGGCCUGAUGAUGACAGCCUGUGACCUGUGCUCCGUGACCAAGCUGUGGCCCGUCACCAAGCUGACAGCCAAUGACAUCUAUGCGGAGUUCUGGGCUGAGGGCGACGAGAUGAAGAAGCUGGGGUUACAGCCGAUCCCCAUGAUGGACAGAGACAAGAGGGGAGAAGUCCCGCAAGGCCAGCUGGGCUUCUACAACGCCGUGGCCAUCCCCUGCUACACCACCCUCACGCAGAUCUUCCCGCCCACGGAGCCGCUCCUCCAGGCCUGCAGGAACAACCUGAGCCAGUGGGAGAAGGUGCUGCGCGGGGAGGAGAGUGCGCUGUGGAUCUCGGCCGUGGACCCGGCGCCCGACACCCCGAAGCUGGAGGACUGACGCGCGGGGCCGCGCGCCCGGCGUGCCCGUCUGACCGCCAGCCUUCUCCUCCCGGGGAGCCUGCGCUCUGCCCCGGAACACGGACUUCCCCAAGGCCCCGCGGCGCAUGUUCCCGCGACGCGUCAGACGUGCCUGUCGGGAGCGGCACGGCCGGCCCCCGCUGCCCUCAGGACCCAGCGGACCUGCACACUGGCCCUUCCUCCCGGGCGGACAGUGCCGAGCCUUAACGGAAGUGGACGCAGCUCCCCGAAGCAGGCCCGUGCCCCAGGCCUCCCGCGCACGGGCUGAGAGUGGCCCGAGUGAGGCGCUGUGUUUCGGCUUUAACACCAAUGUUGCUUUGAUGUUGUUGGUUAUAAAUAGGAAUUUCGCAUCUUGCUAUCGUGAAUGUCUGUGUGUGACCCCCCUGUGGUGUAACCGUGCGGGCGGUCUCCUGGCGGAGCCGGCUGCCCCCGCCAGCCCCUCCUGCAGCCAGUGACAGAGUCGGGAUCCUGCUCAGAGCCUCGUGGAUUACAGUUGGGUGGAAUAAAGUGUAUUUCUGAAGCUUGUUCUACCAGCGUAGAAGGACGAGUGUAACAGGAAGGGAAGUGGACUCUGUCCUGGCAGGGCGGCGUGGACACACCACAGCCCGCCAGCUCCCAGGGCCCGGCCUAGAUGUCGAAGGACAGCUGAGAAGCCUUUCUCAUCCUAGUCUUGGCAGUUACCAAAACCUUUGCCUAAAGAGCAAAGCUACCUGGAAUUUGUUUUGAUGGGUCGGUCCUAGGGCUGUGAAAUGUGAAUUUUAAUGAUGAUUCCUUUCUGUUUUCAGUUGGGAGCGCUAUGGCACGUCAGAGUCACAUUCAAAACGAGAGGUGCAUCUCAUGAACUCUCACUAAACAACCCGCAUUUCUUUGGAAUUCAGAUCAAACCACCCUGUGAGUUCUCGUAACCUCAUUGGCCACGUUUACCUUGGUCCCGGCACCUCUCGGUCCCUCGUCAGAGCUUCCUGCCCACGCAAGGUGGGCAGUGAGGGCUGCAGUGUUAGGACACGGGGCAGCUUCAUCCAGACCCUCUCCUCUCCUGAUGCCCCCGCCCGAGAUGUUUCGGGAAAAUAUACAAACUCCUGGACCCCUUUGGAUAAGGCGUAGAACCCUAUCACUUCCACUGUGUGCUCACGUGUCCGUGGAGUUUAGAAUGACGAUCCAGACACACCCAGCCUGUGGUUCUGGCCUGGAGGGCGAGGGGCAGGGAGUGAGAUGCAGGAGGCGGCCAGUCCGUAGCUUACCCGCUCUCGGGGUCACAAGGAGCCGGAAUAUCUCAUUUAAUGGAAUUGAAAGCUCACCUCUGCAGAGCCAGCACUCUGCGCAGUCUUGUUCAUAGGAGUUUGGGCUUUCAAGAAAAAAAUUAAAUCAGAUGUUUUUACAACAUGGUCACAUAUGUUGUGGCAUAGUGGUUCUAUGUAAACACUAUCCUCAUUUGUAAAUUGACCGUGUUCUGUUGCUCAUGGGCUCCUGAGAGCUCCCACUUACUUCUCUGCUCGGGUGCUACCGGCUAUUGUAGUGAACAGGAGGGAUAAAACGAACUUGAAAAAGAGAAAUACCAAUGUGCUAGAACCACACACAUACGUAUGUAAGUGUACACGCAUAUGCAUGUAUGUCAAUAGACACACGCAUGCAGACACAUAGAUGAGGGGGAAAAAAGAAAACACUUUCAUCCUCUCUCUCUCUCUCUCUCUCUCUCUCUCUCACACACACACACACACACACACACACACACAAUCAUGCCCAUUCUCCAAAAGCUGAUUUUUCAUGCUGGAAUUGGUAUAGUGCUUGGUCAGAAAUCUGCCUAGACAGUGUCCUAUCUAGGACUUGUUGGCACAGUCACAGAACAGGAUUCUCAGAGGUUGCGUAUUUUUGUGACCCUGCACCCCCUCGUAUGCACUCCAGCCCUCACACUUCGCCAGAAGCCUGUAUCGUGAGGGGGGGAAGGAAUCAUAUUUAAAAUUGUGCUGAAGCAAAAGGAUAUUUUUUAAAUGUGUGAAUUAUUCUUCUUGACCUUGAAAGACCUGGGAGUCCAUUGACCAUUUUUGCAUUUUAAAGUUGUUGUUUUGAUCGCAGAAAAUUCUCUAACUUUGGCAUAGCCAGGUGCUUCGUGUCCCGUGACCUGUGCUUUGAACAGCUUCCCAGGGAAAUGUGUAUAUGUGUUGGCUACGUGGCUUCUUGUGGAACAGUCUUAGCAGAAGCCACGUUGGAGAGAAGGACUCUGCAGACAUGAGCAGUGGCUGUGGUGUCGGCCGUGAGCGAGACUUAGGAAGGCAUCGCAGAUGUGCCAAAGGCGAAUGACUCCAGAUCGCAGUGAGAGCACGUUUGGGGGAAAAACAUACUUUGGUGCAUCUUUGUAUUCUGACAGAUAAAUUUCACAAACAUUUGAGUUCUAUUCUGUUCCCCAGCUCUUUUCUCAGAGGGGCAGAUGGCCUUUCUUAGGACCGAAAGUUGUGAUGGGUUUCUCAUUAAGGUGGUAUGGUAGACAGAGCCAGAGUUUCCCUUUUGAGCAUAAAUUUAGGAAGAAGCUCUGACGAUGAAGAAUGCUUGAGUCGCAGAAAUUGUUACUGAUUAUACUGAUUUGUGAUAUACCCUGUUCUGUUCUGAUAUAUAUGUGUAUGUAUAUAUAUAUAUAUAUAUAUACAUACAUACACAUAUAUAUAGGUCAAAUGCAGUUCUAUUAUGUUUCAGAAUGAAUACAAUUUUUCAGUAGACAUUUUCUUGGAAGCACAUGCCAACAACAUCAUAUAUUGAGCCUCGGGCAGGGAAAUAAGAUUCCUAAAAAAGGCAAAAGCAACUUAUGAGUUGGCAGUGCACUGUGGAUUAACUCACGGGAAAACUUGAGAAGAAACAAGUGUGAUGGGGAAGAUCCCGACUCGGCCUUUUUGAGCCCAGGGAGUGGACCCUCUGCUCAGUUGUGGUCAGUCCUGGGAAAGGGAGCAGGCGGGUCCCGACUUCGGUCCUGGUUCCUAGUGGCCUGCCUGGGCAGAGGCAAGCAUGCUGGUACACCACGUGAAAUGUUCUCGCAGCGACAUGAGCCGACGUGAAAGUGGGUUUCCCGUGUAGGUUGGCCCUCCCCAGCUUCAAAGACCCUCUGGUUCAGUUCUUCCUGGUGAGUUCCGCUUUCGUGCUAUGUGGGAGCCACCGGGUACCUUUGUAAAUUAAACAUAGACGCACACAUCCUUAUUUAUCCGGAUUUUUAAACAUAGAUUUAGUUUUGAGUAUUAUGUUUUCUGGUCUUUCGACUCAAAAUUAAGGUUUGAGCUUUAAUAGAACUAAAUGAUCUGCCAUGCCUCGGCCUGUGCCUUUAUUUCGACUACUGUAACCCUACUUCUUUAAUCAUAUUUCCUAAUUUCUCUAUCCUUAACUGUGGGUAAAAGCAUCUAAAGAGAUAUGCCCAUGAUUAACUUUAUUGAGAUGAAUGAAUAAUGAAUAAGACCAUUCUCCACCAAUUUGUAUCCUUUAUUUCAUUUGCAUACAUUCCAAUCACUAUAUAACCAAUGAAAUGCUCACAUUUAGCCUUUCCCCACCCCCUGCAAGAACUUCCAAGAACUUCCACCGAUUAUGAUGUGGUUUUGCUGGCUUUCAGAUACAUAUGCAUGAUUUAGAUUUCGAAAUCCCUGUCUUCUUUGUAUUUUUCAGACAGAUUCAUUUCUCUCCUUUGUUGAUUUGAGUUAGGGUUUAAUUCUUUAAGAAAUAUUCAUUUAGGCAUUUUAGUAUAUCCUGCUAUUGCCAGUAUUACUCUGAUUUCUAGCCACUGCAGUGUCACCUGGCUGGCCGUGAUUAGUGCUUCCCUGUCUGUCAGUAGUGCAUGGCCUUGACACUUUGAUAUUCGCCUGAGUAUUUGUCCUCAUGUACGUUUUUCUGAUUUUUCUUUAAACAUCUAAGUUUAAAUUAGUGAUACCCCCUACUAUAUAACUUAUACUUGUGGGGUGUCACUUUUUUUUCUCGUAUUGUCUUUUUCCCCCUCCCCUGGAUAUUUUGAUUGUGUAAAGCACUAGAUGCAUUUUUGUGAUGAUAGAAGUAGCAACAAUGAACUGAGAAAUUAUCAAUUAUGUUCUAGUCAUCGCUUUUCAAAAGAUGGGACAGUGUGAACUUCGUUUGUUUCCAAGAGACAGGCUAAAAUGCCAACAGCCUUGCUCUCGACGUGCCACCCCUCCAUCUGCCCUCUCGGCCACAGGGCCAGGAGGGGCGAGCUCCCAGGCGCGUCCACCCAGCUGCUCCCACGGCGGGUGGGAGGGGGCCGGCUCUGUGGGAACGAGGGUGUCGCCGCUGGACAGGGAAAUGGAACCGUGGGAAGCCAAGGGCCCCAUCCAGUGCGCCGGGCUGAGGGCCAGCGACAGUCGGGCUCCUCGCCCCAGGGCGCCGUGUGGCCGUCGCAGACGAGGAGGGCGUGCUUGCUCAGACGGCGGGGAAGGGGUGUAGCGGGUGCCCCGGCCCCCUGAGGUCUCAGACCGUGGGCGCUGCAGCUCUGGCUGUCGCCUGUACCCCUGAGUGUGUGGUCUCCUGGCACGUCACCAGCAGCCCGUGUGGGUGGCAGGAAACACCCCCUGUUUGGCCUGUGGUGUGGUGUGCGUUCCGCGUGGCCCUUGCCUGUGUGAUGGCGCCAGUGGAGCUCUCGGUGUCCCUGUACACCGCCCUCCCGCUCCCGGCCCGGCUCACCGACCUGUUUCCGAUCACGUCCUUGUCCCAAACACUGUGAAACAGUCACCAAAACACAGAGCGAGGCCGCCUUUGGAUUCUCGCCGAGAGAGAGAACAGACCCUCUGCCCUCCCGGGCAGGCGUCUCUCCGUGCCGGCGGGAUGAUCUCUCGCCGGAAACUUGGGGCGCGUAGCCAGCCGUCCCGGGCGUUCCACGUCCCUCGUCCCAAUCAGCUGGUUUUCAGAGCCCGGGGGUCUGUACCCAAAGGUGUCGUCAGCUCUUCUUGGGAGGAGAAAGAGUUUCAAGUCAACAAUAUCCAACUUCACUAUAGCUGAUGAGUUAGUAAAAUUAAAAAAAAUUUGUUUUAUAUGUAUAACUUAAAGAUCUUUGUAAAAUGCGCAAGUGCAAUAAUUUAAAGAGGUCUUAACUUUGCAUUUAUAAAUUAUAAAUAUUGUACAUGUGUGUAAUUUUUCAUGUAUUCAUUUGCAGUCUUUGUAUUUAAAAGAAACCUUUAUCGUUAUGUUUGUACAAUAGAGCAGUUCUCAUUUAUUAUAACCUAGGUAAGUUGUAAAUAACGUCACGACUCCAAAUGGCCGGUAUAUAUGCAUAUUGGGUGUUAGAUUGCGGAUUCCUUGUUUUCAUUACAUGCUUAGAGCAGCAAGAAAUCUUCUGUUGAUAUGUAAUUAUACAUAUAAAGUAUAUAUAUAUGUAUGAUACAUGAAAUAUAUUCAGAGAUGUUCAUAAUUUUAACGGAUAUCCUUUGGUGUGAAAAGUUGAAUACAAUUUUUAAACUAC